AUGCCGGGUCUGAAAGAUCUAUUGAAGAAGAAGGACAAGUUGGCGGAGGGUACAAGUGCAGUGCAAAGCGAGCCGACACGACUGCCAGUGCCCGAGUUCACCUUCCUGCGGACGACGACUGAAACGGAAGAAGUGAUCCAGCCGCCCACGUAUCCGGACGACGACCAAACACGCCCAGACACCACCGGCAAGGACAAGCGACGUACGCUUGGCUGGACUUCGAGCCCACAACCACCUACACGCCCGCGAGACGAGCGUCGCCUGUCCCAGCGGCUGCAUCUCUCUCGUCGAGACCGCGCGCAGUCCGCGGAGUCGAGCAGUAACUUGCCCAAGGAUCUGCCAGACGCGCCACAGGCUGCCAUCGCAGCACGACCCACCAGCACCAUUGCGGAGCAGCGUGAGGCGCAAUGGGAAAAGCGCGCGACCAUCUUGGCCAUGAACAGUCCGUUCCGCGACGAGCAAGUCCGCCCCGAGGCACAACAAGCAGCACCUGGCGGCGCCGGCCGAAGCAGGAGUCCCAGCAUAUCGGACAAGACAAGUGACGUGAAUAUACAAGAAGCGAUACGACUACACGAGCAAGGAGAUCUCAUACGCUCUACGGAAAUGUUUGGCCAGCUCGCCGAUCCCAAGGGAGCCAACAAUGCACUUUCACAGGUCUUGUACGGCCUUGCUCUCCGUCAUGCGUGGGGUCUGCCUGCUGCAGAGCCUGAAAAGGCCGUUCACUACCUAUCACUUGCAGCAUCCAAUUCCGCGUCUGUCGAAGAGCAAGCGUUGCAAUCGGGCCUCAAAAAGGGAGGUUCAGCCAAGGGUGAGCUCGUAUUAGCCAUCUUUGAACUGGCAAACUGCUUUCGAUAUGGAUAUGGAGUGAAAAAGGAUAGCGUGGCCGCCAGGCAGUACUACGAAACGGCAGCCAAUCUGGGCGACACCGACGCCAUGGAAGAAGCGGCUUGGUGCUACCUCGAGGGAUUCGGCGGCAGCAAAGACAAGUUCAAAGCGGCGCAGUACUUGCGUCUAGCAGAAGCAAAAGGCUCCAAAGGCGUCGCGCAAAGUUGGAUCUGGAAAGACAAGUACAAUCCAAAGACAUAAUUUGGCAGCCGAAAUUAUUGAGUAAGAAGAAGAUAGCAGGCGAUAAUGUACAGCACCAUCUUCUCCAUAAAUACACACACACAUACACACACAUACAUCUUCAUCGUAGGUAGCGUCCAUGCUCCAGGCGUAUAUGUUGCCGAGCCUCUCAUUUCCAUCCUUGAUCUCGUAAAGCUAAUAAAAAGUAUUUUGUCGUCGUAGACUGUCGGACAAAAAGUGUGGAGGGUGUCCAACGUUGGGUAUCGCGGGAAUACAAAAUAGCCGCCGAUAUCAGCCUUUCCUCCGAUAUCGAGCAGGCGGUAGCCAAGAAUUUGAGUCUCUGAGCCAGGUUCUUCUGUCGUGUAUAGUAGUAGUAGUGAAGUGGGUUCUUUGUCCAUCAUGUCGUGUCGUUGUGAUAUGUCGUCGUCGUCUAUGCUUCAUCGUCAUGUUUGUUCAUCAUCAUCGUUAAUCCGUCUUGUACGUGACAUCGUGGCUUGACCGUCGAGCUUGCUGUUGUCGGGACUCGAGGUCAUUGUGCUCGCGAACCAGCUCCCUAAAUUGUCGAACAACAUCGGUUGGUAUCUGACUCCAAAGCAGGCUCCUGGUGUAGACUUCGGCCUUGUUGUUACUGCGAGCUUGAUCGUGCUCGAGGCUGGCCAAUGCCUCGGCGAGGACACGUCGUUGAGGCGGAGCAGUCUCUGGAUGCUGAUUGUACGUUUGGAUGUGCCCUUUUGCUAUCGAUGCAUACUGCAUCUGUGUCAGGGAGAAGGCUUGUUCAACCUGCUGCUGUUUUGUCGACGCCGUCAUGGCAUUGUGCAUGCGAUCGAGGCUGCUAGGUCUGCCAGACUGGGGAAGGCCCGAAGACACCGGCUCUUGAGCCCCUGCCAUCGCUCCCUGUGAACAGUCUGGGUCGACUAGAGAGCUCCCCUCCGAAAGCAGGCUAGUGAGCACAGCAGGUGCUGCCGCGCGAACAUCCGCUGGCAUCUGGGGCAGACCGUGGGGUUGCGAGGCGGGAGGUUUCGACGCGAUCCAGGCGCCGCACAGCAGAAGCAUAAACAGCAAGCCAGAUGCGACAGGUUGGUCGUUGACGGGUGGCGUAUUGCGCGGUGCAGAAUUGGGAAGAGUAGUACUCGGCAUCGGCUUCGUCUCAAUGUUGGGGGUCUUGUUCGGCUCCGGCUUGGGAUGGAAGGCGAAAUCGUCGGAGGAGCCGUUCUGGAGGUCGUUCACAAAAAUGAAAUUGUCCCAGUCGUGUGAACCCAUAUUCAGCGCCUCCAUUUCCGCAUUGAAGUCCGUGAAGCCGGUACUGCUUGGAGCAGCGGACAUGGCAGGUGCGGGACCCGCUUCGAUCUGCUCGGUCAGGAUCUGCACCUUCCUUCUCAACUGUGAAGCCUCCUCGUUGUGACGCAUCAUCAAUUCUCGCUUCUCGGAUUGCAUGCUAUCGAUCAUGCGCUGCGCUUCCGCUAGGCGUUGGUGUACAACUUGCCGAUCUCGCUCACGGACUUCACGCUCACGAGUGAAAUCGUUCAGCUGUGCUUCGAGCAUGGCGAUUUGCGUUGUGUAACCCUUUUCCUUGACCUCAAGGUCUUCGGUGUGCUUCUUCUUCCUCUGCCGCGAUGCAAGUGCUGCUUCGCGGUUGCGGAGAAGACGUUUCUGCUGCUUGAGCUCUUUGAGCGUGUCUUCGUCCGUGGUCUGCUCAAUGAGCUCAUCGAUCGUCUGGAUAUUGCGCUCUUGCGGAAUAUCGAUUCGACCAUUCUUCUUGCGAAUGCCAUCUCGCCGUUGAUAGUCCAGUAAGGCGCGAGGGGGGCUUGUCGGCCUCAUGCGCUUGGACAAAGGCCGAUUCUCCAUUUCCUGCUGCGCCAUGCCCAUCCAGUCUUGAUGUGAGUGGGGCGACAUGGGCGUCUGAACCUGGGGAGCUGGGAUGAAGUGUGGUUCCGGAUGUUGUGCAUUGAACUGCUGCGGCGGCGGCGGGCCAUGACUGAAGCUGCCAUGUGCACUGUCUGCGCGGCCGUGAACAUAGUGUGGCCCCGCCUCGAACGGGGGCGGUGGAGGCAUGAAAUCGACGCCAGUCGUCGGCGUGCAGUCUCCAGAAGCAUUCUCGAAAGGCCACUGUCCCGGCUGGGGUUGCGCCGGAAACCCCGAUUGCGAAUGGUGGUGAUGGUGUUGUGGUGGUGGUGGUUGUUGUUGCUGCCGCAUGAAGCCAGAUCCAUCAUCAUGAAAGGGAUGCGCAGCGCCAGCGGAUGCGCUGCUGUCGACAGCCAGACCGCCGGUGUAGUGUUGAUCCCACUGCGAGUCGGCGGGAGAGAGCACGCCAUGGGGAUUGUUGGCAAAAGAGUCCUUGCGGAACGAGGGAGCAUUCGGGCUCUGCAUGGCUGCGGGAUCCAGUAUAGCAGGAUCCAGCACAGCAGAGUCGUCGUCGACAAAAGCAGCAGAGUGUGGGUGGUACGUGUUUGCGUGGAAUUCCAUUUAGUAGGUGAGGCUUCUGGCGAGGCGGUGUAGCGCAGCAAAGCUUAUUCCGCUCUCUGCUCCAGCGGCGGCAGGAGUGGUCGGGCAACGGACUUUGCGUGUCGCAAGUUGCGCGCGUCGUGAGGAAGGUAGCCAGGGUCCGAGGUCUGGCUUGAACGAGCGGCGGCAGGAGCAACUCAGUACUGGUGGCAGGAGCAGUAGUGGGUAGUGGGCAGUAGUGGGCAGUGGGCAGUAGGCAGCGUGAGCGACAAUCAAUGCUGAAAGAAGGCAGGUCGAGGGUGGCGACGCGUAGGGAUGACCUUGUAGUCGUGGUGCUCCGCAGGCUAAAUAGAUGUAUGUAGCAUAGAACUACUCUGGUCAGGUCAGGUAGUAGUAGACAAUAACAACAACAAUAACAACGGUAGCAAGCAAGCAAGCAGCAGCAGCAACAGCAGCAGGACGGAGGCACUAGUUCUACUCCUGCUGCUCUCGCUCUCUGUCGAAGCAGGAAUAGGAUGCUGCUGCGUGACGGGACGAUGGGCCCGAUGGAGAGCGCACGCGAAGAGCGACAGUACCUACUGUCACCGCGACAGACACACUACCACCACUGUCCACUGUCCACUACUGCUGCAGUGAGCUACUCUCGGUGCCCAAGCGUGGAGGAGUUUCUUGAUUGGCCUGUUGGGCAGUGGUGCAUGCAAGCUAUGCAAGCUGCAGACGAUAGGACCGGAUCGAGGCCGUUUGCCUGCUGCGCGCCGUCACCGUGAGAGUGUCCGCUCCGUUGGGC